UGGGGGGAUAUAUGCAGUAAAAAACCUACACAUUUCUGUUGCUUUCACUUUAUCAUGGACAACAACUGUUAGGCUUCAGAGUCAAAAUAGUCAACUGGGGAACUGUCAUAGCAGCAUGAGGUUGUGUGGGUAUUAUUUGUUUCUUUUUUGGUUUUGUUUUUUGACAGGAAGCCACAACCAAAGUGGGCUUUAAGCUUUGCUGACCUGCUAAAACACUGGAUGCAACUUGUGCAACACUUUACAUAGACAUCACAAGAGGAAAUGACAGCCCCCUUUUCUUUAGUAGAACUUAUCUCCUGAGUUCACCACAGAGUGAGAUGACUCACGACCAUGAUAGAACACCAGAGCUAAUCAUCAUCUUUCUAAGUCCAUAUACAAGUGCAGACUACUGGCAUGGCAGUCGUUAACUGCACAACAGUUAAGAAGAAUGAAUCAAAUGAGAAAUUUGGUGAGAAAGAUAUGCCUGAUAUGAUGCUCUACAUAAUCGUAACUGCAUCUGUCUUCAUAAUUCUCAUCACUGGAAUGGCCUUAAUGUGGCUGAAAAAGUACAGGUCCCUAAUGCGCACCAUAAGGAAGCUACAGAAUGUAGAACAGCCAGUGACAGAACAGCUGUCCCCUGUGGCCCCUGAAGCUGACCCUUUGGAGCGAAACUUUUCACCUGUGACAAAUGUAACAGUCAAACUGAGAGAAAACAACCUUUCUACCUCCAGACCCAAAAGACAAAGCAGCAAGUCAGCUUCGAGAGCUCUGUGGAGGUCAUCGCAAACGGAUGGCCGAUUUAAUAAGAACGACCUCGUUUUGCAUCAGCUCAUCAAAGCUGGAGGAGAGGGAGUGUUCUAUAAAGCGAAAAUGAUGCAUGGCACCAUCAAAGGCCACAACACGUUCACCUGUAAGAUCUUCAAAAAAGGUUGCAGCCAUAGGCAGGUGGAAAGAGAGGUUUCAGUCAUGCAGAAGCUGGGCACGCACAAGAACCUGCUGCAGUUUUUGGACUGGGACAUCACAGAAGCUCCGUAUAUGUUGGUUAUGGAGUACGUCACCCACGGGACCCUACGCAGUUUCCUGCAGGUGAAUCAGGAAAGACUGUGCAGGGAUCAAGAGCUCCAGCAGCUCUUCACCAUCGCAACCUACCACAUAGCACACGCCAUGGAGCACAUGCGCUCUAAAAUGAUAGUGCACUGUGACCUGGCACUGAGGAAUAUAUUGGUGCACAGUUUUCCCCAUGAAGUUAAAGUAGCUGAGUUUGGACUGGCCAGAGAAAUUGCACGGACAUGGAGCAGAGGCAGCAGCUGCAAAAAGGACUACAGGCAACGAAUUCCCUCGCGGUGGUACCCUCCAGAGUACUUCAAGAAUGAUGUUUAUGGCUUCAAAGGGGACGUCUGGGCAUUUGGUAUUGUAAUAUGGGAGAUGCAAACAUUUGGCACGUUGCCUUACCCUAACUUGAACACAUCAGAGGAAGUAGCUCGCUAUGUGUGUGCUGGCCACAGAAAUGGUGAGCCUGAACAAUGCAGGCCGGAGAUGAUACAAAUGAUGAAAGACUGCUGGCAAGAGCCCUAUUCCAUGAGGCCUUCUUUUAAGGAUAUUGUUAGAGUUCUGGAAAACAUUCUUGAAAAUGAUCGAGACUAUUUGGACUUGGACGACAGAAAUCAGAGGGCCUCAGCGGAGUCCGAAGACUCUCAACCAAGUUGUAAAACUGAGGUGUAUUGUAACACAGAUGAUUGUUAGUUCUGCUCUGUUGUUCAGGCACAAACAUUCAUUGCGGUACUGUAUCUGUGAUUUUAGUGAGGAAAAGGUAUGGUAGCAGUGAUAAAUUACUGAAGAUAGACCAAACUACCAGGCAGAAACAUUUCAAACAAGAAUUAUAUGGCUGUUUAUGUGAACAGUGUUACUGUGAGUAAUAUUAAAAUGACUUAAAUAAAUAAAUAAAUGAAAUAAAAAUGAAUAAAUAAGAACAGACAUCAUAAUUCAGGUCUGUCAAAUGUACAAUAUUGAACAUAGGCCUCUAUAAUUCACUGACUACCACAAACUAUAAACUAUUUUAUGAUUAGUUAUAAAUGUAGAGAAAUACUGAAAAGAUCAUGUGGCGUCCAUACAGUAUAAUGCAAAAAUCAAAGACCACAUUUCAUUCAUUUAAUUUCUAGUGCGUUCAGUUUUCUAAAUAAUCCCCAGAAAUACUUUUGCACAGCUUUAAAGUUCAGCCUUAAAAGUUAGUUGCUUACUUCUCACGAACCAAGUAAUACCAAAUACAAAUUUAGACACACCAGUACAUAAAAGCAUACUGUACAUCCCAGAUAUACUGUUUCAGCAUUCUUAUACAAAUUUUCUCAGUUUUCUUUUCUGUCCUCCAUGCUGCAGACUGGGGUUUGAACCCUGGGCAAGCACCCUAGCUACACCAAAAAGUGUCCUUGGGCAAGACUCCUAACACUACCUCCGCCUACCUCUGUACAAUGAUUGAAUUAUAAGUUGCUCUGGAUAAAACUGUCUUUCAAAUGCCACAAAUGUAAACACUGUUAAAUUGUGUCCUCAUAGUGGAAGGGUGGACAGAAGCACCUGUGGAUUUGUUCAGAUCUGAAGCAAGAGUGAAGCUUUAUUUUCUCCUCUGUCUCAAAGAUGAAAGCUUUAAGUGUUGUU